UAGCUCCACCCACAGGCCUCGUUUCCUGGGCGAUACUGCAUUAGUAUGGAGCUCACAGUAGAGUGGGCUAAGUGACUAGCUGAGCGUUGGUGUCAUUUACGUUACGAUUUGCUAGCUGUAUUAUUGUACCUUAUGUGUAUGUGUUCGUCGGGAUGAACCAAGCCAUCGAAUAUAUUGAACCGGAACAUUGGAUCCCGGUCUGUGGAUAAAUCAUUCAUUAAGUACCCAGUCAUGGCCGGACUGAUCAAGAAGCAGAUCCUCAAGCAUCUCUCCAGGUUUGCUAAGAACCUGUCCCCAGAUAAGAUCAACUUGAGCACGUUGAAAGGGGAGGGUCAGCUGACCAAUCUGGAGCUGGAUGAGGAGGUUCUGCAGAACAUGCUGGAUCUGCCCACAUGGCUGGCCAUCAACAAGGUCUUCUGCAACAAGGCUGCAAUUCGGAUCCCAUGGACAAAGCUGAAAACAAAUCCUAUAACUCUGUCACUGGAUAAAGUUGUGAUGGAAAUGAGCACUUGUGAUGAGCCUCGCCCACCCAAUGGACCCUCUCCUAUAGCAAUAGCCUCGGGUCAAAGCGAGUAUGGUUUUGCUGAGAAGGUAGUAGAGGGCAUUUCUCUGUCUGUGAAUUCGAUCAUUAUCCGGAUCAGUGCCAAGGCCUUCAAUGCAUCGUUUGAGCUUUCUCAGCUGCAGGUCUACAGUGUUAACACCAGCUGGGUGACCAGCGACCUGCGCUACACACGCAUUCAGGACCCUGCUCGUGGAGAGAUCCUGACCUUCAAGGAGGUUAGCUGGCAGAUGAUCCGGAUUGAGGCUGACGCCAUCCAGAGCUCUGAACACGAGGUGCUCAGUGCUCCUAUCCGUCUCAUCACCAAUCAGUCUAAAAUCAGAGUCACACUUAAGAGGAGGAUGAAGGACUGCCAUGUUGUGGCAUCUAAAUUGAUCCUGAUCCUGGAUGACCUGCUGUGGGUGCUGACGGACUCGCAGCUCAAAGCCAUGGUGCAGUACGCCAAGUCUCUGAGUGAGGCCAUGGAGAAAUCUGCGCUGCAGAGGAAGAGCAUGGCAUCCGACUCUUCUCAGGCAACAAUGGCACCGGUCUCUACACAGCAGGUACAUACACAGCAGACCUCAGCUGCAUCUGACCCAAGUGCCUCUAUGGCUCACCUCUUCAAUGCCUUCAAUGUGUGUGAAACAUCCCACCACCUGCAGAUUACACACCUCGACUUGCACAUCUGUGAUGACAUUCAUGCCAAGGACAGAGGGAUUGAUAAGAGGAUCCAAGGUGGGGCCAUGCAGCUCUCUUUCAGUUCCAUUACCAUAGACUACUAUCCAUUCCACAGAGCAGGUGAGACCUGUCAGCACUGGAUGCACUACAGCGAUGCCACAAAGGCUCGUGAAACCUGGGCUCGUGCUCUGCUAGAAGAAUAUAGGUCUAACAUGGAAAUGCUCAAAAAUGCCAUCAGUGGACAAUCCCAGUCCUCCCCUCAACAUGGCAAAAUCUCUACCAGCACUAGUACUUCCUUCUCCCAACCACCCAGCCCCAGGUCCCAGCUCAUGUCUAGCUCCAUUGUGUUGCGCAUGGCCGACUUCAGUAUUUUCCAGGUGUCAACAGCAGAUCAGCGGCGCACCACUCCUAAGGCUAUGAUAUCCUGUAAUAAAAAGACCCUGUACCUACCACAGGAGAUGCCUGCUAUCCAUCUGGAAUUCACAGAGUAUUACUUCCCUGAUGGAAAGGACUACCCAAUUCCCUGCCCUAACCUGUAUGUGCAGCUGAAUGCCCUGCAAUUAGUCGUGGAUGCACAAAGCUUGGUGUGGCUCAACCUGUUUGCUCUGGAUUUGCGCCACAGUCUGGUCCAGUUCAUGGAGCUCUAUAAGCUUAAUGACUCCCAAAAACCUGAUGAGCACAUUGACAUCAAAGUAGAUGGUCUCAUGCUAAAGUUGGUGAUUCCUGGUGACCAGAAUCAGUUCCAGCCAGACCAUCCCCACUCCAUUUCAGUGCAGACAUCUGAAAUGGUGGCCACGAACACACGACACUCGCUUGGAUGUUCCCGCUCUGACCUUGAGGCUCUGCUGCAAGCUUUUCGAGAGCAGGCAUUCUUCACCUCCUCCACAUCCUCCUCAUUUCCUGUGCUUCACCCAGUCUUCCAACGGCAUGCUCAUGAAAGGGACACAUGCCUGCAUGAUGUUUACCGUGGCCUGGCACCUCCUGCCCUCAGCACUGAUGCUCUCAGAGCACCAUCAGCCACUGAUCUGUGGGCCUUACGCUUCACCCAAUUCUGGGUAGACUACGAAGGUCCCCGAAGCCACAGGCCCUCACCCUGUGUUGAUUCCUUUCCGCUCACCCUGUGGCUAUGCCAGCCUGCCCGCUAUGUUCAGCACCAGCAGAGACCAAAGGCAGCUGCAGGCACAGGGUCCAUGCCAACCGAUGUCAGUGGUCGACUACAGAGGAAAAAGCUGUUGAAGGAGUAUUAUAGCACUGAGACGUUGCCCAACCAACCAACCAAUGGCCUGCACAAGCCAUUUUCAUUCGAUGGAUUGAAAGCUGCUGAUUCAUCCUCCAUUGCCUCUUCCUCUUCAUCCACUGGAGAUGCAGAUGUGCAGGUCUUGAUACAUGUACAGAAGCUGCUAAGUGUGCAGGCUAGCCAUAGCCAGUAUGUGUUCCUGUUGAAACUGCAGCAAAAACUGAAUUUACUGCAGCGUACCCUGCAGCAGGACCUGCAGCAGCAUGGCUUGGCACAGAAAGGUACUGGCCGAAUGUUUGGUGCAUGUGUAGGCCUCCUGGUGAGCAGUGCUGAGGUUGCGCUGCUGCUGAAGCCCGUGCCUACAGCUGAUGUAGACAACAGUCCUCUGGGCUCUGAUCUCUCGCCCUCUGGGAGCAGAGCUACGCUAGAGGUUGCCAGUGAGGCAGGAGACAGCACGGCUGGCACAGCCCCACUCGCCUGUCCUAUGGAACAGCUGUUGUGUGCAGACACAGAGAUACAGAAUCAGAGUGCUCCACCUCUCUUGCCUUUUUCAGCAUCAUCUCAAACUGAGAAGAAGGGUUCCAUUGAGGAGAAAAAUACAUGGUCAGGCCCAGAGGAGAAAAGAAACUGUGCAGAUGGAUUUCAGGAGGGCAAGGAAUUAAAACUUGAGCCUAAAGUCCUGCAGGGUGAGGUUUCACUGGGCAGGACUAUGGCAGUAGACUCGAUGACCGAGCCAAUCUGGAAUGACAAGAGCCAGGGAGCCAGACUACCUCAGUCUAUGUCCAGUGGGCGUCUGAUGAGGGAUCGAUCGCAUUCAACUUUCUCUGUGGCCUAUAAGAACAUGAAGAGUCCUUCACUGCAGUCUCUGGACAACAUCUCCCUAGAUAGCUCUUUACUGGAAGACUAUGAUUCGCUGGAGAGAGAUGACGUGUCUAUCUCUGGGUAUAAAGCCACUUCGAGUGAUCCGAGUGCUGCUGAGCGGGCGACUGAGGUGAUGGUGCAGGAUGGAGAAGAUGCCCAGUCACCUGAAGCAGUCAGUGCCACAUCUCAGAGUACUGAUGAGCAGGCCAAAGAUCUGGUGUCUGUGCUGGUCCUGAAGGUUCACUCUGUGUGUUCCUCUCUGAACGUGAGAGGUGAUAACACUACACUAGCUCUGGAGGUGGGGCAGGUCCGCACCAAUCAGCUCGGCAAUGUUAGUCUACGCCAGUAUCUUAGCAACCACAGUCUCGGUUUUGUCUGUUCCACACCACUAAUUACUGUUCAGAGCAGUGAAGGCUCAGGCUCAGACCAGGGGCCCCGCAGUAAGCAGCUGGAUCCAGAGGUCCGACUCCGGCUGGAGAGUGGGCCGGAAGCAGCUGCUCACUCUCCCCUGGCAGAGCACAAUGGCUUUCUGCAGUGCCAGCUGCAAGGCUUCAGCACUGACUUCCUCAUGACAUCUCUGCGAAAUCUCACCAUCUUCCUAGACGAUGAUUCUACAUCUCAUGUGCUCCCGAUGGAGAUCACAAUCCGAGACACACACAUUAACCUGAAGGAUGAUGGUCCCCGGGACAGCCCAUCAGAACCGGAACCCACUCCCAUGUCCCUACAUAUACACAAUCUUCUGGUACUGCGCAGAGAUGAUGGCUCCUUCCACAUUGGAGUUGAGCAUGCUGCACAGGUAGAGCCACAAAAGCUGGAGCCUGUUCCUGACAACAGGCACAUUACUGCCCCUGAGGCACGUGGGGCUGUAGACAAGGAGCCGAAAGCCACGCAGACAACACCUCUGUCACCAACAGACCCCUUCCCCACCAGCAGAGAAAAGAUGCUGAUGGAGGAGAAUGAGUGUUUGAAACUGGAACUGUCCAAAACCAAGAUGGCACUAGCAGAGGCCCAGAUGGAGAAAGACUCCUUGUUGCACCAUAUGAAGAACAUUAAACUCAACACUGGGGGCAGCACCAGCUAGGCUUUUACAGUGCAGAAAUAUCCAGUGAAUAUACUUUCUUCUAAGCCUGACUCUCUUAUCCCUUCUCCUCAUCUUUUUUGUUCAUCUUCUCUGUUUUCACAGUGGACUGCCCAUGUUUUUUUCUUUCUUUUUUUUUUCUUUUCCAGUGUCGAGGGAUUCUGGAGAAUCUGUUUGCCUACAUGAGUGUUUUUGUGUGUGCACAUUCUGUCCUUUGAGGACUUCUCUUAAAUAGUUGAGUUGACUCUGAAUGUCAUAUUUUGAAAAGAAUGUCUUAUAAUAAAAGGCAAUUUGCACAAAACUGAGCUACAUAUAACAAAAUGUACAUAUUAAUAGCAGUUUAGCUAUUAACAGAUUGUCUUUGUGUGUACAGUAUGGAGAAACACAGAAGAAUGUUUUGUAAGAUUUGAAUGGCCCAGUAAUUUUGUGUAAUUAUGCGUGUGUGUAAAUGGGUGAGUUUUUUUAUAUUGUUUAUUACCUAAAAAAAAACUUUUUAAUUGCUUCAUUCCACGCACACUACAAUAACUUCCAUAACAUGAGAUUGCACAUAGAUAUUGAACUUUUGGUGUACGUAGCGUUAUGUGUUUAGAAGGCAGCACGUUACUUGCUGUAGUAGUUGUUAGCCAUUGUGUUUCUGCAAUCAUACAAAGAUCUCUCUGGUAUGUUGUGUGUGCGCGCGUGCUACCAUUCAUUGUGUUGUAGGACAUAUGAAUAUAUGAUUAGUUUUUUAUGAACUGAAGUGCUGCACAGUGUUUGCAGUUGCGGUGCUGCUUGAGCCUGUGUAAUUCUCUGUGGAGAUUUUCACAAUGAGACUGUUGUUAUAACAGGCUCAUAUUUCUAGCAUUUUGGUAUCCAUGCACUCUCUUGAGUUGUUUUUUUUUUAAAUGCGGAACAUUUUCGAAUGUUUGCCUAUUGUAAGGGUGUGA